GAGGAGGAAGGAGAGCAGAGUCAAGGGCAAGAGGACGAUGAGAUGAGCGGCAGCGAGGGGGGCGAGGGCGAUGGUGGAGGCGGCAGGGGCGGCGGCGGCAGCGGCGGCAAUGCCAAAUCUGGCCCGGCGACGGAGAAGGACGGCAACAACAACGACGAGUACGAGAACUACGAUGAACUCGUGGCCAAGUCCCUCCUCAACCUGGGCAAGAUCGCCGAAGACGCUGCCAACCGAGCCAUGACGGAAUCCGAGAUGAACAGCAACUCCUCCAACAGCGCCGAGGAAGAGGACGACGAAGAGGAAGAGGAUGAGGAGGACGAAGAAGAGGAGGAGGAGGAGGAGGAGGAAGAAGAGGACGAGGAGGAAGAAGAGGAAGAAGAAGAGCGGGUUGAAACUCAGAGGGGUGAUCUGAGUUUGGACGUUGACAGUGACGUGGUCCGGGAGACGGUGGACUCCCUUAAACUUCUGGCACAGGGACACGGUGCAGUACUCUCUGACAAUUUAGAUGGACAGGAGUUUGAGGACGGUACAGCCGAGAACGACUGUACUCACAAUGGGGGAGGUGCGCACAAUGGUGGUAGUGGACAAGUUAAGAUCAACAGCAAUGGACAAAUAGAAAACAGCGACGAGGAAGUGUGUUUAAGCAGUCUGGAGUGCCUACGAAACCAAUGCUUCGACUUGGCUCGGAAACUAAGCGAAACGAAACCCACUGACCGAAAUGGACCGUCGCAGCAAAACCACUUUUCAUGCGGGGAUCCCAAUCAACAGCCCCAGCAUCACAGCUAUGGGGAUUUCCACCAUAGCCAAGACGACAGGCGAACACUUGACAGGAACUAUUCGGACAUGGACAAUCUCAUGAAGCUGGAGGAGCAGCUGAGCCCGCGCUCCAAGGCCUUCUCCAGUUGCGCGCAGGACAACCGAUAUCACACCAACCUACGGGACUUUGAUGAGGACACGGCCUCUGUGACGUCGGACCGAUCGGAAGAAGUGUUUGACAUGACAAAGGGCAACCUGUCCCUGUUGGAGAAGGCCAUUGCACUAGAGUCAGAACGCGCAAAGGCAAUGCGGGAUAAAAUGGCGGCCGAGGCUGCCAGGAGAGACGGGGUGAGGUACAGCCAUGAAGACCAUGGCCUGCGACACGGCUACGGUGUUGAGCGUAAAGCCCGGCUUCCUGAUGGUAUGAAGAAGCCUUUCUACCAUAAAGACGCUUCGCGUGCAGACAAGAAGGAAAGUCGGUGUCCGACACCAGGCUGCGACGGCACGGGUCACGUUACGGGCCUGUACCCCCACCAUCGGAGCCUGUCCGGCUGUCCGCACAAAGACAGGGUGCCACCAGAAAUUGUGGCUAUGUAUGAGAAUGUUCUUAAGUGUCCUACGCCUGGCUGCACGGGACGUGGCCAUGUCAAUAGCAACAGAAACUCCCACAGAAGUCUGUCAGGAUGUCCCAUCGCUGCCGCCGAGAAGCUGGCCAAAGCCCAGGAGAAGCACCAGGGCUGCGACGGCCCCAAGUCCAACCAGGCCUCUGACCGAGUCUUAAGGCCUAUGUGCUUUGUCAAACAACUGGACUAUCCACAGUAUGGUUACAAGAACAAUGUCUCCACCAGCACGCCCCGCUCCAACCUGGCCAAGGAGCUGGAGAAGUACUCCAAGACCAGCUUUGACUACAGCGCCUUCGAUGGCAGUAACAACCACCAAGUGUACGGGAAACGGGCCAUCGCACCCAAAGUUCACGGACAAAGAGACACCUCCCCCAAAGGAUAUGACGCCAAACGUUACUGCAAGAACUCCAGCUCGGCCAGCAGCACCACCAGCACCUACGCGCCCAGCAGCAGCAGCAGCAGCCUGAGCUGUGGAGGUGGAGGAGGGGGCGCGGGCGGGGGCCGAGGGGGCGGGGGCAGCAGCGCCAGCAGCACAUGCAGCAAGAGCAGCUUCGACUACAGCCACGACAUGGAGGCCGCCCACAUGGCGGCCACGGCCAUCCUCAACCUGUCCACGCGCUGCCGGGAGAUGCCACACGGCAUGGGGGGGAAGCCCCAGGACCUAUGCUCGCAGAGUCCGGGUCUAGAUGUUGAUGAGAAUGGUACGUUGGACCUGAGUAUGAGCAAGCGUCUGUGCAGCGGCGGCGGAGGGGACUCGGUGCUCACCCCUCUAGAGCCCAUGUCCCCCCAGAGGCAAGCUGCCCUGCUGGGCUCUCGCUGCUACGGCAUGGGGGACGCCGCCGACUGCUGGGACCUGCCUGUAGACUACACCAAGAUAAAACACAUAGACGAGGACGAGAAAGAGCCGGAUGACCUGGACCCCUUCCAUGACUUGCUGGAUGACCGCUCCUACACCACAGAUGUUACCAUGCCCAGCCCCAAGCCCAAGUACGGCCAGUGCAAGGAGAGUAAGAAGGACCUGAUAACUCUCUCAGGUUGUCCUUUAGCUGAUAAAAGCAUCCGAAGUAUGCUGGCCAACAACGCACAAGAGCUCAAGUGCCCGACACCAGGGUGCGAUGGUUCGGGACAUAUCACUGGCAACUACGCCUCACACAGAAGUCUCUCAGGGUGUCCGCGGGCCAGGAAAAGUGGGAUAAAGAUCAUCCACAGUAAAGAGAACAAGGAGGACCAGGAACCUAUCAGGUGUCCAGUCCCAGGUUGCGAUGGUCAGGGACACGUUACAGGGAAGUAUGCGUCCCACAGAAGCGCAUCAGGAUGCCCCAUAGCAGCCAAAAGACAAAAGGACGGCUACCUAAAUGGCAUCCAGUUCACGUGGAAGUCUGGCAAGACAGAGGGCAUGUCCUGCCCCACACCGGGCUGUGACGGCUCGGGUCACGUCAGCGGCAGCUUCCUGACACAUCGGAGUCUGUCGGGUUGUCCACGUGCCACCUCCGCCAUGAGGAAAGCUAGGCUCUCCGGAGUGGAAAUGCUAACAAUAAAGCAGCAACGUGCCAGCAACGGACUGGAGCACGAAGAGGAUAUCAAACAGCUGGAUGAAGAAAUCAAAGAUUUAAGUGAAUCAAAUUCACAAGUGGAAGCAGACAUGAUCAAACUUCGAACACAGAUUACAACAAUGGAGUCCAGCCUGAAGUCCAUAGAGGAGGAAAACAAGGUGAUUGAACAGCAAAAUGAAUCUCUCCUGCAUGAGCUGGCCAACCUCAGCCAGUCACUGAUUAACAGUUUAGCUAAUGUCCAGCUCCCUCAUAUGAAACCUCUGGCACACAAAGAGCCUCCUCUAAGGAAUAACAGCUGCUUACAGUUGCACCAGCAAGAGCCAAUAAGCGAGCAGAACUUUGACGCCUACGUCACCACUCUAACGGAUAUGUACUCGAACCAAGACCAGUUCCAGAGCCCCGAAAACAAAGCCUUGUUGGAAAACAUCAAGCAAGCUGUUCAAGGGAUUCAAGUGUAACCAUUCAGCAAGGGAGAUUUUUGUUCCCCCAUGCAGGUGCGGGCGAUGUUUCAAAUCCACAUACAAGCAAGGCAGUGAUGGUUUGGUCACCUCGGUUGGCUGCAGUAUCUUAUAUAGUGUUAUAUAUUCAAAAUUUUGUUGUCUCAAAAAAAAAAAA